CGCCUCUGUGCCGCUGUGCUCUCAGUCUCCUCCGCUAGCUUAGCCUGCUAGCUAGCAGCCCAGGUAAACAUGGCCAUGUCGCAGGCUCUCUCCGAAGAGGAGUUUCAUCGAAUGCAGGCGCAGCUGCUGGAGCUGCGGACUCAAAACUAUCAGCUGUCUGAUGACCUCAGGAAACACACAGCCGAACUGAAUGCCGUCCGUCAGAAGAAUGUUGUUUUGGAAAGAGAUUUUAUCAAAGCACAGAAGGCUGUGAACAAGAGCAAGAAGGCUCAGGAGGUGGAGGCUCUGCUCAGUGAAAAUGAGAUGCUUCAGGGGAAACUGCACAGUCAGGAGGAAGACUUCAGACUGCAGAACAGCACAUUAAUGACGGAGCUCUCCAAGCUGUGCACGCAGAUUGAGCAGCUGGAACAGGAGAAUAAGGGUCUGAAGGAAGCAGGAGGGGCUUCAGCCUCUAGCCCCGCCCCUGCAGCAGCAUCCAGCCCUGUUGAUGGAGAGCUGCUCCGCCUGCAGGCUGAAAACUCCGCCCUUCAGAAGAAAUUGAGAGCCCUUCAGGAGCGCUACGACAAAGAGCUGCAGAAACAGACUGUUGUCCAAAGUGCUACCACAGAGACCGAUGGGUCGGCCAACGCUAAUGGAGUCUCUGAUGUCACUGGGAGAGGGGAGGGGCCAGUGGCAGAGGGAGCCAAUGAGAGGCUGGAACAGUCUUUGCAGACGGAGGCUCAGCUGGAACAAACGGAGAAACAGCUUCAUGGCCUGUCAGAGAAGAGCGUAGAGAAGAUUGUAGCUAAGCAGGCAGCGCUAGGCUGGUCGGCUGCUCUCUGUCCAAUAACUCACUGCUUUGGACCAGAGCUGGAGAUGGCACUGAACACCGAGCAGGAGGAGAAGAGGCUGCUGAGGGAGCAGAUCACCAACCUGGAGGCGUCCAAACAGGCUGAAGUUACCAAACUGCAGGAGGAGAUCUCAAAGCUGUCUGACAAGCUGAAGAAGAAACAGGAGAGCUUUCAGCGUCUUCAGGCAGAGAAGGAAGCUCUGUACAAUGACAGCAGGACAAAGAUUGAUGAGAUCAAUCAGAGGAAAGAGGAGGAGCUAAAGACUUCAAACAUCCGCAUCCAGAAACUACAGUCAGACCUCAUGGCUUCCAAUCAGGUGACAGCUGAGUUUAGAGAGCAGCUACAGAGCAAAGAGAAGGAGCAUGAACUGGCUCUGCACACCCUAAAAGACCAGGUAGCCAAUCAGAGUGCGGUCAGUCAGGAGCAGGUGGACAACAUACUGCAGGAGAACGAUGCUCUGAGGACUAACCUAGCUGCUCUAGAACAGGAGAACAGUAUUCUGAGGACAAACCUGUGUGCACUGGAACAGAUCCAGACGGUGAAGACGCAGGAGAUGAAUCUGCUGCGCGAACAGCAGGAGGCGCUGUCGGCCGAACUGCAGCAGAGACGAACCGAACAGGAGGGUCUGUUGGCCCAGAGAGACGACCUGGACUCCCAGCUGCAGGAGUCCAAUUUUGCCAACAGGAAGUUGUUGGAGCAGUUAACAGAAGAAGGACAUGAGAAGGAAAAACUGUUGAGAGAGUUGGAUGAAGCCAAGAAGACGGCAGAGAAGAGGAAGUCCAUGUUGGAUGAUAUGGCUAUGCAGCUGAACCAGGAGAAGUCCGACCACAAGGAGGCGCUGUCUGACCUGAAACUGCAGCACGAGAAGGAGGUUCUGGCGGUGAGGGCUCGAUAUGAGAAGGAGCUCAGAGGACUCCAUGAAGACAAGAAUCGUUCUGAGGAGGAGAUCCGACAGCAACUCCGAGAUGAAAAGGCUCGGACCAAAGAACUGGAGGGUCUCCAGCAGCGAGUGGAGGAGCUGCAGACUCAGGUCCAGUCCAUGGAGGGAACUAAAGGAUGGUUUGAGAGACGACUGAAGGAGGCUGAGGAGAACAUAGAGAAGAAAACUCUUGAACAUCAGGAGGAGAUCGAUCGGCUGCAGAAGGAACACACACUUCAGCUGGAGGCGAAGCAGUCAGAGAUGGAGGGGGUGAAGCAGCAGCUGGUGGACAUGGAGAAACAGAGGGAUGGACACAACGAAACCAUAGAAAAACUCAAACAGGAGAUUAAAGACACCGUAGACGGUCAGAGGAUUCUGGAGAAGAAGGGAAGCUCAGCGCUGAAGGAUCUGAAACGGCAGCUGCAGCUGGAGAGGAAACGAGCCGACAAACUGCAGGAGAGACUCCAGGAAAUACUGACCAACAGCAAAACCAGGACAGGUCUGGAGGAACUGGUUCUGUCGGAGAUCCACAGUCCCAGUCGGACUCAGCAGACCGGAGACUCGUCGUCCGUCUCCUCCUUCUCCUACAAAGACAUGAUGAAGGAGGCACAGCCGCCCAAUCAGAACAAGUCCGGAGGGGGCAGUCCACAGUCUCAGCGUCCUGCCGAGCUGUCCGACGACGAGGUCGGAGAAUUGUUCCAGAGACUCGCGGAGGUCCAGCAGGAGAAGUGGUUGCUUGAGGAGAAGGUCAAACAUCUGGAGGUGAGCUGUUCGUCUAUGGCUGAAGACAUCUGCAGGAAGAGCUCCAUCAUAGAGACGUAUGUGAUGGACAGCCGCAUUGACGUGUCGGGCAGCGCGGUCGGAGGUCACGGAGGAUCCCAGGGAGAGAGAGGAGGCCUGGGUUCGGUCCUCAGAGAUCUGGUCAAACCGGGAGACGAGAACCUGAGGGAGAUGAACAAGAAACUGCAGAACAUGUUGGAGGAGCAGCUCACCAAGAAUAUGCACCUGCAGAAGGACUUGGAGGUUUUGUCCCAGGAAUUAGUCCGUCUCAGCAAAGACAACAACCCUGGUGGCGGUGCAGCUGGGUCGGGAUGAGACUACCACCUGAAUCCAUCCAUCCCUCCGCUCCAGCGCCCUCAUCUCCGCUGCAACAGACUAACACCUGGAACCAACCUGUCUUUCCUUUCCCAUUCCUCACGAUCAUGACCUGCUGAGGGCUGUGACUAUUAUCUGGAGUCUUUCACCACUUUAGUCUGCCUACCAGGCCGUGACUAAACGCUGGAACUUGAUCAUCUGUUGUUUCUUGAGAGGAAACAGUGAGUAUAAACUACAGAACAGAGGGAACGGAAACACUGAGGAAAACAAAGAGUUGCUCUUGAAUGUACUGUAAUUAGACCGCACCAUUCACUUCUUGUACUUGUCGAGUCCUGACUAUGAUCUGGAAUACACACUCUUGUAACAGAUGUACAAUGUGUGUUGUAACUGACUGUAAAUCUUUGCUUUCAGCGUCUUCUGACUAAUGUCUGCUCUGUCCUGGUGCACACAAGCUUGGCAUAGGAACAGAAGUUGUGUCUUAACUGACUGAACAUUUAUUUUAUCAUGUGCCUGCUAUGCACAAGCAUAUGCUGUAUGUAUUAUUAUUGUUAUUAUUUGACGCGUUUGUUAUUCAUCUUCUCAACAGUUUUCAGCCUGCAGCUUUGACAAACCCCAGUUGUAUGUACAUUGGAAGGAGUAAAGAAAAUU